GCCUUCACUAUCCUGAAUUUCACUGACGAGGAGCGCGACAGCUGCUACAAGAUCACCGCCGCUGUCAUGCACAUGGGCAACAUGAAGUUCAAGCAGAGGGGUCGCGAGGAGCAGGCUGAGCCCGACGGCACAGAGACUGGUGAAAUUCUUGGUGAACUUCUCGCCACUGACAGUGAUGAGCUGUACAAGAAUCUGUGCAAGCCCAAGAUCAAGGUCGGUGCCGAGUUCGUCACCCAGGGUAGGAAUGUCACCCAGGUCUAUUACUCCGUCAGCGCUCUUGCCAAGGGCGUGUUCGAUCGUCUCUUCAAGUGGAUCGUGAAGAAGUGUAACCAGACCCUCGAGCCCGGCAUGAAGCGUGCCAUGUUCAUUGGUGUGCUCGAUAUUGCCGGCUUCGAGAUCUUCGACUUCAACGGCUUCGAGCAGAUCUGCAUCAACUUCUGUAACGAGAAGUUGCAGCAGUUCUUCAACCACCACAUGUUCGUGCUUGAGCAAGGGAGUACAAGGGCCCGAGGCAUUGACUGGGACUUUGUCGACUUCGGUAUGGAUCUGCAGGCUUGCAUUGAGCUCUUCGAGAAGAAACUUGGCCUCCUCGCCAUCCUCGAGGAAGAGUCCAUGUUCCCGAAGGCCACCGACAAGACCUUUGAGGAGAAGCUGAAGGCCAACCAUCUGGGCAAGUCUCCCUGCUUCAUCAAGCCUAAGCCUCCCAAGCCAGGCCAGGCUGAGGGUCACUUCGCCAUCGUUCACUACGCUGGCACUGUGACUUACAAUCUGAGUGGCUGGCUGGAGAAGAACAAGGACCCCCUCAACGACACCGUCGUCGACCAGCUCAAGAAGUCGAAGAUGGACCUCAUUGUGGAGCUCUUUGCCGAUCACCCCGGCCAGUCUGCUCCCGCUGACGCCAAAGGAGGUAUGAAUUUGGAAACAUAUAAAUGAGAUCUGAAAGAACCUUUUAG